CGAGAGAUGACUCGUCUUCUUCUUCGGGCGUGAUUUGCAGGUUUAUUUAUUUAUACGAAUAUCAUAUGUCUAUUUCUUCAGGCCUCUUCUUUCAGCUUCAAGGGCAGAAAUCUCUUGUUGGCUUUGUUCUGGGGGCGUAUACUAAUUCGGGCAACUUGGGGGGCCGCCGUGCAAAUUCCGGAUUUUAUUCCUCAUAUUUUACUGGUUCACCCUCAUUUGCCCACAAUUUUUCAUUUACAUGAUAAAUAAUCGACUCCCAUAGUCCCAUCUGCACAUAACUCAGAUUCAUUUACAUGAUUGCCGAUUUUAUUUCUUUCAAUUACGGGGUUUGUACUUCCCAAUCUGAAGAACCGUUUUUUACCGAGAACCCUAGGAGAAGAAUCUGAAGAUGAAGGUAAUUAUUUGAAGGUUGAACGAAUGGAGUGAAAUCGAAAUAGAAACAAAAGUAGAUCUGAAUAAGCUUUGUUUUCAAAAUUGGACUAAUACUUGGGAAGGAGGGAGUGUACUUUUUUUUUCAUUAACAAUCAUUCUCCAAUGGGGAGGUAAAUAAAGGAGUAUUAUACCUUUUUCAAUUUAGAAAAUGUAUCUUUAUCUUCUUCAUUUAGAAUUAUAUUUAAUUUAUAAUUAAAAUCUUACACACACUAAUAAUUUUUUUGAGACGAAAAGAAUAAAAAAUAUUCUAAAAAUAUGGAUAAAAUUACGCCAACACAUCUUCUACCGUCGCAAAUCGCCGUUCUUCCAUUUUCUCAAUCAGGGUUUGUUUUCUCUUUUUCUACCCUUAUUCAGUUUUCGCUGCUUCAGAUCACUAAGCAAGAGGACGAGCCGUCUUGAGCGCGGUGAGAAUAAAUCUUCAACUGAGCUCCGAAAUAGCUUUCACUAUUGAUAUACUUAGUCUUUCGCAGCACCUUCCAUUUGAUUCGAUCCAGUAUUAUCUUCAUUUCCCAGUAGAGCUUGAUUUGUUUAUUCCCUAUCCCGCAAUUGGAGUUUUUCUACUCACACUUUAUACUCCGAGUGAAUGAUGGUGGGUCACAAACUUCUCAAAGAUGAAGCUACCGAAGAAAAGGGUGAGAGAGCAAGAAUGGCUUCCUUUGUGGGGGCAAUGGCAAUUGCCGACUUAGUGAAGACAACACUAGGGCCAAAGGGGAUGGAUAAAAUUCUACAGUCAACUGGAAGGGGUCAUAGUGUCACGGUUACAAAUGAUGGUGCUACAAUCCUCAAGUCCAUUCAUAUAGACAAUCCUGCAGCUAAAGUUCUUGUUGACAUCUCUAAGGUCCAAGAUGAUGAAGUAGGGGAUGGUACUACAUCAGUAGUUGUUUUGGCUGGUGAACUUUUAAAGGAAGCAGAGAAGCUAGUAAACUCAAAGAUUCAUCCAAUGACAAUUAUUUCAGGGUUCCGCAUGGCUGCUGAAUGUGCACGCAAUGCAUUGUUAGAAAAGGUUGUCGACAACAAACAUGAUGCAGAGAAAUUCAGGCUGGACUUGAUGAAAAUUGCAAUGACUACGUUAAGUUCCAAGAUUUUGUCUCAAGACAAGGAGCAUUUUGCCACGUUGGCUGUUGAUGCUGUCAUGAGGUUGAAGGGUAGCACCAAUCUUGAGUCAAUCCAGAUUAUUAAGAAGCCCGGAGGUUCACUUAAAGACUCAUUCCUAGAUGAGGGGUUUAUUCUGGACAAAAAAAUUGGAGUUGGUCAGCCUAAACGAAUCGAGAAUGCAAAGAUCUUGGUGGCUAAUACUGCAAUGGAUACUGAUAAAGUAAAGAUUUACGGUGCACGUGUUCGCGUUGACUCAAUGGCUAAAGUUGCUGAUCUCGAAACAGCUGAAAAGAACAAAAUGAGAGAGAAGGUGGAAAAGGUUAUUGGUCAUGGAAUCAACUGUUUUGUAAACAGACAACUGAUAUAUAAUUUUCCAGAAGAACUUUUUGCCGAUGCUGGGAUUCUUGCUAUAGAACAUGCUGAUUUUGAUGGUAUUGAGCGCCUUGCAUUGGUCACUGGUGGUGAGAUUGCAUCAACAUUUGACAAUCCAGAAUCAGUUAAACUUGGCCACUGCAAACUUAUUGAGGAAAUCAUGAUUGGCGAGGAUAAGCUAAUUCAUUUUUCUGGGGUUGAAAUGGGCCAGGCAUGUACAAUUGUCUUGAGAGGUGCAAGCCCUCAUGUUCUGGAUGAAGCUGAAAGAUCCCUGCACGACGCCUUGUGCGUUCUGUCACAAACGGUGAAUGAUAGUCGGGUAUUGCUUGGUGGUGGAUGGCCGGAAAUGGUGAUGUCAAAGGCAGUAGAUGAAUUGGCUAAAAAGACUCCCGGGAAAAGAUCUCUUGCCAUUGAAGCUUUCUCACGGGCACUUUUGGCCAUUCCAACAAUCAUUGCUGACAAUGCUGGUUUGGACAGUGCAGAACUUGUUGCACAGCUUCGAGCUGCACAUCACAGAGAUGGGUGCACUUCCGGGAUUGAUGUCAUCACCGGAACUGUUGGUGAUAUGGCCGAGCUGGGCAUAUCCGAGGCAUUCAAAGUCAAGCAAGCUGUACUGCUCUCAGCAACCGAAGCUUCAGAGAUGAUUCUACGGGUGGACGAAAUUAUCACAUGCGCACCUCGCCGUAGGGAAGACCGAAUGUGAGUGGUCACAACUGGGAAAUGCCUCUUCUGCUUUUUUUCUUCUGUUGAGUCAGUUUUGUACUUUGUCUCUCGUCGUCUUGUAUCAGCCUGCGACGUUUUAUUAGAAGUCUGUGAAUUGAAUCUUCAAACUCCAUUUGCUAGCAUCUCCCUUUGGGAACUGUUCCAAUGAUUUCGUAACUGCCUGAUGUGGUUUUCAUCAAAAUUUUCCCUCCUUAACUCAAUAUUGUACCUGUAGUUGCUUGAUCAGUUCAAGGUCUUGUUUGGCAAUAUGAUUAUUUGGUAGAAAUUGACUUAAUUUGCUGAAAUGAAAAGCAUGGCAAAAU